AUGGCAAAGUGGCUAAAGGACUACCUAAACCUUGGCACCAGGCGUGACCCUCCACAGCCCCCGAGGCCAGAUUACAGUGAGAGUGAGAUUUUGAGGGCUUACAGAGCUCAGAAGGAACUAGAUUUUGAGGACCCGUAUCAACACUCUGAUAAGGAGCAUCAGAAUGGUGGUUUCAGCCCCUGUAGUGCCACAGUGAGCCUUCCCUCUUUCCCUGAAUUUGGUUCAGUGCUGCCUAAUGGUGUGGAGGUGAAAGUGUUGUCUCCAAAGCACAGACUUAUUAAAGUGGACUCUCAGGAGUUUGGUUGCUGUAAAGUCCCCCUGAGUCCUGUGACUGUCCAAGAGGAACCUGUGGUUCCCUCUGCCCCAGCAGCGUUGGACGCUGACACAGACUACUCUGAUCCAUUUGAUGUUCGUCCAAACCCAAUAGGCAGACCAAACUGGGAACCCAAAUCGGCACCUACAGAUUGCUGCAGCUACAUGGAGCCAUUUGAGGCCCAGCGAAUUAUCUCAGAGCUGCAGCACAGCAUGAUGACUAACAGGUCUGGGAAUGGAGAUGGGGGACAAUUAUACGAUAAUCCAUACGAGGAAAGGAUUCGCCACCACCACCGAGCUGCUCCAGCAUCACAACAACUAAUUCAGAGGGUUGAGGGGGGACUUGCCCAGAUUGAGAGCAGGGAGAGCAGGCUGCCUCAGGAUGAUGAGAGGCCGGCUGAUGAAUACGACCAGCCCUGGGAGUGGAAGAAGGACAACAUCUCUAAAGCUCUAGCAGUUCAGUUUGAAGGGGCAGAAAGGGAGCGCUCGCGUGGCCAGACGGAGCAGAACAGGCUCACCAAGACUGGCAGUACAUCUACCAUAACAGACUCAACUACACUCCGUCUGGCUGGUGACACUCUUCCUCUCCUUGGAGAGAGAGUGGAUCCAUUUAUUCCACUGGAGAGACAAGUGUGGUACCAUGGAGCCCUGAGCCGCUCGGAGGCAGAGAGUCUACUAACUCUGUGCAAGGAGAGCUCCUACCUGGUUAGGAACAGCCAGACCUGCCGGAACAACUACUCGCUCUCACUCAGGAGCUGUAAGGGCUUCAUGCACAUGAAGUUCUCUCAGUCUGCAGAUGGGCGUUACGUGCUCGGGGAGAACAGCCCUCCCUUCUCCACCAUCCCUGAGGUCAUCCACUACUACACUACACACAAGCUGCCUAUCAGAGGAGCUGAGCAUAUGUCCCUACUGUAUCCUGUCAUAGUGCAGACACUCUGACACUGACGCACUUGCAUACUCUUUCUCCCUGUGCUACUGAAUACAAUAUAUUUACCUAUUUCCUUCCUAAUUUCCUACAUGUCCUUUCAUCGUCAUUCUACCUGCACUGCCCACAAGAGAUUGGACUGUUUGGUGCUAUCUUUUCCAUUUACCAUAACUCCAGUAACUACACUGGCAGCUUAGUAAGAGAGCUCAGUGCCCCAUGAAUAUUUGCCUGUGAACUGGUAUUGUCACUGAAAUCCCCUUAUUUUAAUACUAUGGACUCCUGAAGAUCAGCAAUCAUUGAUAUAAAUAUUGGUAGCUGAGGACAUUUAGAUAGAUAGAUAAAAAAAGAAAAGACAAACUCAUAUCUUGAGACAGUAUAAUCUACAGAAUAGUGCAUGGAGAUUUGUCUCUUUUAAACACGUGUUUUCUCUUGGUCUAUGCCAGUCAUCUAGGUUUUGGUUUUUUAGCCAAGGCAGCAAGUAUUUUAAGAUACAUUUGACAUUUUUAAGUGACUAAGAAAAAAUCAAACAAAGAUAUGCAAAUGGAAGUGGGGAUUUAAACUAGAUGUUGGCAGUAGAAAAUGCUGUUAAAAAAGUGCUGUAAUUGAAACAACACUGUUAACAUCCUUUACGUUUUUAGUUAAAAUAUCAACUAAACAAUACAUAUUUAACUGGCCUGUGAAUGUUAUAUAACUGCAUACCCUGCAGUGUUCUCCUGAGUUCAUGUUAUGUUUAAAAAGCCACAGUAUAAUGUCUGGCAGACAUAGAUUGCUAACUUCCCACAGUAGCAGAAUCCUGCAAUACUAGUUUAGAGAAUAAUUACUACAGUAUUAUAUUGAAAGCUUGUGGCUUUGUGAUUAUGACUAUUAAAGGAGCCUUGGUAGACUAUUUACUGUGCUGUUUUUUACGAUUUGAAAUGUCUGUUGAGAAUAAAGGUGUCUGUUUUUAAA